AUGGUGAAAGCAUACGAGCUCCGUAAUAUGGAAAAGGAUGAGUUGCUCAAGACUCUGGGUGACUUGAGAAAAGAGCUCUCCGAGCUGCACGUUGCCAAGGUGACUGACGGUGCAGUCUCCAAGAUUGCCAAGAUCAAGGGGGUCCGCAAGUCGAUCGCUCGGGUGUUGACCGUCCACAACACCAAAGUCAAGGAAGGGCUCAAGAAGGCAUCGGCAGGAGCCAAGUACAUGCCCAAGGAUAUCCGAGCAAAGAAGACCCGAGCUAUGCGUCGUGCUCUUACCAAGGCAGAAAAGUCCAAGAAGACACACAGACAACGUUGCAAGGAAGCCGCAUUCCCCAAACUCAAGUUUGCUGUGAAGGCUUAG